CCGAGGUGACGCAUCUGGAUAGCGGAGUGCCGGUUUCUUGCGCGCAGUAGCCUUGUUUCCAUUUCCACCGUGGACUCACUGCCUCUCCUCCCUGGCCAACGUAUUUUGGCAACACGUGUUGGCCGAUAAUUGCCGGAACCGGGACGGAGAAUUCUCGCUCUUUCUCUAGGGAGCAAAGUACACGUCAACGGAGCAGAGAGUCCACUUGUAUUUCUGGGCAAACUUGCGAGUGCGAGUGCGUCGACAUCACGAGAUUGUGCCAAAAAAGCAUAGCGUUUCCGAUUUUGUGAUUCAUUCUACCGGCGCCACUCGACGAAGUCAGCUGCGCGAACGGAAUCUAAUAUUCAGACUCUCGUGGACUCUGGACAAAAGUGUUGAGUGUGGAGCUACGCCAUGGGCUAUGACGAGGCCAUCGUCCAUCUGGGCGACUUUGGACGCUACCAGAAGAUCAUCUACUCCCUCAUCUGCCUCACAUCCAUUCCAGUGGCCUUCCACAAGCUGGCCGGAGUGUUCCUGCUGGCCAAGCCCGACUUCCGAUGUGCCCUGCCCUUCGAGAAUGGCAGCAGCUACGAGUUGUCCCCCCACCUGUGGAACCUAUCGUAUCCGCAGAACGAGAGGUGCUCCUACUACGAUGUGGACUACUCGGAGGCGUAUUUGAAUGGCAGCAUUCCGCGGAGCAGCAACAACACCAAGAGCUGUACCAGCUACGUUUACGAUCGGAGCAAGUACCUCAACAGUGCGGUGACCGAGUGGAACCUGGUUUGUGGCAGGGAUUUCAUGGCCGCCACCAGCGAUUCACUCUUCAUGCUGGGCGUGCUCCUGGGCAGCAUUGUGUUUGGCCAGCUGAGCGACAAGUACGGAAGGAAGCCCAUCCUCUUCGCCUCGCUGGUCAUCCAGGUGCUGUUCGGUGUUCUGGCCGGAGUGGCUCCGGAAUAUUUCACGUACACGUUCGCGAGACUGAUGGUGGGUGCCACCACUUCGGGUGUGUUCCUGGUGGCCUAUGUGGUGGCCAUGGAAAUGGUGGGUCCGGACAAGCGCCUGUACGCCGGCAUCUUCGUCAUGAUGUUCUUCUCCGUGGGCUUCAUGCUGACGGCGGUCUUUGCCUACUUCGUCCACGACUGGCGCUGGUUGCAGAUUGCACUAACUCUACCCGGACUGAUCUUCAUGUUCUACUACUGGAUCAUUCCGGAAUCCGCCCGCUGGCUGCUCUCGAAGGGACGCAAGGAUUGCGCCAUCGCCAACAUGCAGAAGGCGGCGCGAUUCAACAAGGUGGAGAUCAGCGAUGAGGCAUUGAGUGAGCUGCUCGAUGAGGGUGAAAACUCCGAGGAGAAGGCCAAGCAGAAGCUGGAGGACUUGGAGCAGGAUGAGGGACCACCGCCCUCCGUGUGGGAUCUCUUCUGCUAUCCCAAUCUCCGGCGCAAGACGCUGCUCAUCUUCCUGGACUGGCUGGUGACCAGUGGCGUGUACUAUGGACUCUCGUGGAACACCAACGACCUGGGCGGCAAUGUGCUGCUGAACUUCGUCAUCUCGGGUGCCGUGGAGAUACCAGGCUAUAUAUUCCUGCUGCUGACCCUGAACCGCUGGGGCCGGCGAUCGAUCCUCUGCGGCACCCUGGUGACCGCCGGUCUCAGUCUCCUGGCCACGGUCAUCAUUCCGGAGCGGAUGCACACGCUCAUCAUCGCGUGCGCCAUGCUGGGCAAACUGGCGAUCACCGCGUCGUAUGGAACCGUUUACAUAUUCUCCGCCGAGCAGUUCCCAACCGUGGUGAGAAACGUGGCCCUGGGCGCCGCCUCCAUGGUGGCUCGCAUCAGUGGCAUGAUGGCACCAUUCCUCAAAGUGUUGGCCACCAUUUGGAAGCCACUGCCGCUGCUCAUCUGCGGAUCGCUCUCCUUGGCGGCCGGGUUGCUCUCGCUCCUGCUGCCGGAGACGCACAAUAAGCCCAUGCUGGAGACCAUUGCGGAUGGCGAGCGUUUCGGCAAGAAGACCAAGGGCGAUGUCUACCUGGAAACGGGCCAAGAACUGCGAACACCGGAGGCGCAGCCUCUCAAGGGAUCAGGCGACACAAAUGGAUCAGCCAAUGGCCACAAGUACUAGAGCAUCUCGGGGCCAGAACUUAAGAGUUUCCAGAAUUUACAGAACUUAGAGACUACAGACAGGGCAUCUAGAAGUCGGUCAGGCCAAAGGCAGGGCAUUUACCUUUAAAAAAUAGCGCAAGUAUUAUACAAAAUUCUGAAAUCUCACACGUAACCAAAAACGAAAAGACCAGACAAGAAAACAUUGUACGUAAAAGAAAGGGUAGCAACAAAUAGAUCAUAACCCUUUAAGCAUUUAGCCGGGUGAUGAGAAGCGGUCUUAUAAAGAGGGUUACGAUUGGGGUAGGUUUUCCCCGGAAAAUCAGCUGGAAAAUGCCCCGUGUUGCUGCAUAACUUAUUCCUAUACCUAUGUUUAACUUUAGCUUACCACUUAUAUGUAGUAGAUGAUUUUGAAAUAAACGUACUUUU